GUCCUUCCUAGGCUGGGAGGGAGGCAGAGGACUGGAGACAGGGCUCUAGCUUCUGUGACCCCCCCUACCCCAGCUCUCCAGGGAGGCAGGAAAGAGGCUGGGUUCAGACCCAAGGGAGCCAGCUGUGAGGCCGGAGCAGCUGCUGCGUGGGGGCGCUGGGGCUUCGCAGGGCUGUUCACCUGCUGCUCUGUGCACAGCCAGCCUCAAGCCCAGCUGCUGUGGUUGCAGCACCUGCAGCUAAGACAGCCAAAGGGCCCAGGCUGCUGGAAGGCAACAGAAGGAAUCUAAGAAACCAGGCGAGGGAGCCUCCCCCAUCUCCCUGUUGCCUUUUGGGAGCAUAGAGCUUCCCUCUGAAGGUAACACCCUUUGCAUUUUUCUCUCUGGACUCUGUUCCUCUGCUUCCACCCCCAAAUACUUGGGCCCUUCCUUCUCCACAGAUAUAAACAGUCCCCGGGCCCUCUCCGCCCAGGCUGACUGGCUCUAAUAAAGCAGCAGUCAAGGGAGUUUCUGGGCUGGGACCCCCUCUGGGGUGCAGGCUGGGGUGCGCUGCUGGUAUGUGCCCCAACAGGUUUUUCCCUAUCAGCCUUGAAAUCAGCCUGCAGCCUGUCUGACCUGCCCCCCAGGGAGCUGGAGCCAGGGGCAGGGCCAGGUCAGAAGCCGGACUUCGUGACUAGGUCUCUGUGGUCCACCUGGACCUGCAGGGAAGGCAGUGCACAAAGCCUCCUGUGUUUGAGGCUGAGCCGCUGUGAGGCUGAGCGGAGUUUACUCACAUGGGUUGAGACCCAAUUCCUGGGAAAAGGGAUGCUGGGCAGGAAGGCGUCUGCAUGUGGGACUGUCCCGGUCCUCUCCCACGUCUGGGAGGGGCCAGAGUCAGACAACAGCUGGGUUGGUCCCCGAGAGAGGUCCUCUGACUGGCUGUUCAGCCUAGGCUGCACACGCCCCACUUUCCUCUACCAGGCCACACGGGAGCUGGUCCUCACACAGGCAAGCCACCAGGCCACGACGAGGACACCCACCUCGCCCCUCGCACCUCUGGGCAUCCAUGUACUUGCAAGAACUCUUGUUCACAUCAGCACAGAGACUGCACCUGCUGACCUCGAGGUUCCGGCCCCUGGCUCCGAGGGUGAGACGCAGCAGAACAGGACAGCCAGUAGCACCAUGUCUGUGAGUGGCAGUAAGAUGGCACCAUCCCUCACCCAGGAGAUCCUCAGCCACCUGGGCCUGGCCAGCAAGACUGCAGCGUGGGGGACCCUGGGCACUCUCAGGACCUUCCUGAGCUUCAGCGUGGACAAGGAUGUGCAGAGGCUGCUGAGGGCCAUUACCGGCCAAGGUGUGAACCACCGUGCCAUUGUAGAGGUGCUGACCAACCGGAGCAGAGAGCAAAGGCAGCUCAUCUCUCGAGCUUUCCAGGAGCGCACCCAACAGGACCUGCUGAAGUCCCUACGGGCAGCGCUUUCCGGCAAGCUGGAGAGGAUCGUGGUGGCUCUGCUGCAGCCCGCAGCCCAGUUCGAUGCCCAGGAAUUGCGGACAGUGCUGAAGGCCUCAAAUUCUGCUGUAGAUGUGGCCAUUGAAAUUCUUGCCACCCGAACCCCACCCCAGCUGCAGGAGUGCCUGGCAGUCUACAAACACGAUUUCCAGGUGGAGGCCGUGGACGACAUCACAUCUGAGAGCAGUGGCAUCUUGCGGGACCUGCUCCUGGCCCUGGCCAAGGGGGGCCGUGACUGCUACUCUGGAAUCAUUGACUAUAAUCUGGCAGAACAAGAUGUCCAGGCACUGCAGCAGGCAGAAGGACCCAGCACAGAGAAGACAUGGGUUCUGCUCUUUACCCAGCGAAAUCCUGAACACCUCAUCCGAGUGUUUGAUCAGUACCAGCGGAGCACUGGGCAAGAGCUGGAGGAGGCUGUCCAGAACCGUUUCCAUGGAGAUGCCCAGGCGGCUCUGCUCGGCCUAGCUUCGGUGAUCAAGAACACACCGCUGUACUUUGCUGACAAACUUCACCAAGCCCUCCAGGAAGCUGAGCCCAAUUACCAAGUCCUGAUUCGUAUCCUUACCUCUCGAUGUGAGACCGACCUUCUAAGUAUCAGAGCUGAGUUCAAGAAGAAAUUUGGGAAGUCCCUUUACUCUUCUCUCCAGGUGAAACUUGGCUACUUCUUAGCCUGGAGCCCCAGCGCCUUCACUCCCCACCUCCACCCUCUCUCCCUGCACACAGCUGAGCAUAUUUUGGCCGGGAGAAACCCAGGAGUCUUUGGUUAACAUAGUGCAGGACUCUGAGCUCCAGGGAGGACCCUUCCCUUCCAGAUGAACUGUGAUGGACCAGCCCAAAGGAGGGGAGAGAGUACUUGGGCCAUAGUGGUGGUGAAUCUUUCUAACACUGAAUUCCCUUGUCUGCAGGAUGCAGUGAAAGGGGAUUGCCAGUCAGCCCUCCUGGCCUUGUGCAGGGCUGAAGACAUGUGAGACUUCUCUGCCCCACCCCACAUGACAUGCGAGGAUCUGAGAGUUCCGUGUUUGGCUGAACCUGCAGGAGACCUGCUGGGCCUCCAAGUAGGGUAACCCCUCACUGAGCACCACAUGCUUCAGCUUCUUGUUGAGGCUGGAACGGUUUCUUUAAAAUCCCUUAAUUUUCCUCAUCUCAAAAUUAUAUCUGUACCUGGGUCAUCCAGCUCCUUCUCGAGCAUGAGGAAAUGAGUUCUGAUCAUUUCUGUCUCAAUCAUCCCUCCUGUACCUUGGCCAGAACAUCUCGCUGAUACUUGAGUUCUUUUGGCAAACUUCACUGUUGUUUGGGUUCUCUGAUUGAAGUUUGGGUGGAGCAGGACAUGGAGCAGGAAGAGGCCUUGGAGUUGAGGUGCCUUUGAUGUGAGCUUGGCUAUUCAGCAGGAAUCCUGUUUUGCCCUAGUGCUGCAGGAAUCAACGCGCACCCUCUCCAUGUCUCCCUUCACCCUCAUUCUCCAGGAAACUUCAGGCAAAACAAUUGAGAAACAGGCACCAGAACAAGAUGAGAAAUGGUCAGAGGGAGCAGCCAACCAUCUGUAUGAACUGGGAAGCAAGCGGAGGGUCAAGCUACCCUCACCAGCCUGGGAACUCUUGGGUUAGCAGAAAGCACAACCCUCAAAUUCACGUGUCCAAGCAGAGAGCUGGAAACGCACCUCCCACAAGAGCACUAUUUCCCAUA